GCACUAUAUGGAGAAGCUUACGAUUAAUACUAUAAAAUAGGAGAAACAGAACCAAGGAAAAUUUCAGAAUAGCUGGGUAAACGUGUGCCCCAGGAAAUCCGCGACGAAGCCAUUCUUUUCACUUGUUGGCGCUGGUGUACUUGGUGACAGCUUUGGUUCCUUCCGAUUAGUCGAUUACGUGAUAUGUUUAAUUUACGCUGUGACGACAGGGUCUACGCUGUUUUUCGUGCACGUGAAUUUCUUUCACAGCUUGAGCGCGAUGCCAAUUUAGAUGUCAUCGUUUUCUUUUACGAGUUUGCAUUUUCUCUUUAUCCAGUUGGGUUGUCCGUAAUUCACCAUGGAUCCGUAGUUAGAAGUGAGGGAUUUCUGUUCGUCAUAUUUUCUUCGUCUACGGAGACAUGGAUGGCGAGGAAGGUCUGGAUCUGGCAGCGAAGAUUCGCGAUUUGGACAAGCGAAUCCAGGCUGAGAAUCAGAUGAGUGAAAAUGGCACAUUCACGCACAGUGGACAGAAUGUCCAGAAGCCUCCGUUGAAUUUCAAUCUGUUGAGCCCGUCGGUGACGCGCAAAAAAGUCAAGCCCCUUCUGAUGACAUCACACACCACCGUGGGACCUGCGCUGGGCCGCGCCAUUACGCCUGAUAUGGAGAAUGAAGCAGCCGAGCCGUCCCUGUUAGGAUUUCGGGAUUCCUUCCGCUUAACCAGGCAGCGCAGGCUGGAAUUAGCCAGUUCUGCGCUUCCGCCUGGCGUAUUCCAAAACGCAGCAAUAAGUUCGGCCAAAACCGAUGAUCACCAAAUCGAGUACGAAGAAAAAUUGGGUGAAAUUAUGAAGAAGACAAAUAUAAUAACCAUACGUGGAAUGAAAUACGAAUCCAAAAUCGACGAUUUGGAAAAUUUGGGUGAACUGGGACACGGGACAUGUGGUACGGUGGUGCGGAUGCGUUUCAAGAAAACCGGAGACAUCCUGGCUGUCAAAAUCAUGCGUAAGUCCGGGAAUCGGGAAGAAAAUAAGCGCAUUAUUCGCGAUUUGGACGUGGUGCUCAAAAGCCAUGAUUGCCCGCAUAUAGUGCAGUGCGUGGGAUGUUUUGUGACUGACGCGGAAGUCUGGAUUUGCAUGGAAAUGAUGACAACGUGCUUGGAAAAGCUAAUACAGCGCACCCAUGCCCCCGUUCCUGAGAAGAUUCUGGGAAAGAUGACUGUUUCGGUUUUGAAGGCCUUAGAUUAUUUAAAGGAAAUCCAUGGUGUGAUACAUCGCGAUGUGAAACCGUCCAAUAUUUUGCUUGAUUCCAAAGGUACCUUUAAAUUAUGUGAUUUCGGUAUCAGUGGUCGUUUAGUGGAUUCCAAAGCCAAAACGCGUUGUGCGGGCUGUGUGGCCUAUAUGGCGCCCGAGCGGAUCUGUCCCGCUGAUCCUAACCGGCCUGAUUAUGAUAUCCGUGCUGAUGUAUGGAGCUUUGGUAUCUCUUUAGUGGAGCUGGCCACUGGGGAGCUUCCGUACAAGAAUUGUAAAACGGAUUUUGAAGUGUUGACUAGGAUCAUUGAAGAUGCUCCGCCGUCCUUGCCGGCUCAUCGAGGAUAUUCGAUGGAUUUUUGUGCCUUUGUCAAGGACUGCCUGACCAAAGACUACAAACGCCGACCGAAAUAUCGCAAACUCCUGGAUCAUCCCUUCGUUGUGCGGUAUGAACUGUUGAACGUGGAUGUGGCGUCGUGGUUAAAGAAUCUCCAGCCGCGGCUGCUGGUCCCGUUGGCGUUCCAGAACGCAUUGCUGUCCUCGCCGUCCCCCACGGCCGCUCUGCCGCCGCACGCUCCGCCGAAACACACCACCACGACGACGCCCACCUCGGCCCAUGUCGUCGCCGCCACGACGCCGCAGUCCGCACCGCAAACGCCACAAAAGUCCUGGUUUGUCAAGCAGGCCACCAAGUCCAUUUUCCGAUCCGCUGCCAACGUUCCAUCCACUGCCCCGUUACCGCGCAAGCAAUACAAUAUGGUCAAUAAUGCAUUCUUCUAGUUCCGGUGAACUAGAGGGCUUUUGAUGUUUUGUCUCUCAGGUGUAAUGGAAGGUUGUUUUUCUUGUUUGAUUUUUUUAAUCGUUCCACAGAGAUUUGGAGGGAAUAGUCGGGUACUGAAAGUCUGAAAGAUAUUACUAUGUAUGUAGAAUGUGUAGACGGUAUGGUUUGUGGAAUCUGUAGAGUAAUUUGUCGUAGGUGUAUAUAGUGUUUAAUUUGUUUUAUUGGUUAGUCAAGUUGAUCAGCGAUUGCAGAUUGUGCUGAUAAUGGUUUACUCUGGUUUUUGACAGUGAUCGCUGGAUCUGGUCCUUAACUCGUGAUAUUGAAUAAGGGGUAUUAAAGACCGCUUGGAAAUUGA